AUGGAAACCCUCAAUGUCCUUUUCCUGAAGAAAAGGACAUUGAAGGCUAUCAACCGCAUAUAUGGUAAGAGUACAGAGAAGGAUGAGUUCCUGGACCUUUACAUGUCCCUCAGAACUCAGUUACUUGUCAGGUACUCGCUAAGGCAGCCAGCUGUGGGCAAAGUAGUUCUGAAAGGAAAUUUCUUUGCCACACUCGCAUCAGCAACCUACCUUAAAGACAUGGGCAGCAACGCCCUUCCAUCCACCAAUCCCUAUGGGAACUACACAGUGGUUGACACUGUGCCAAAGGAACUUCUCCAUAUGGUGGAUUCCCAUUGGUACCAGUUCCCUCCCAUGAACCCACUCUGGUAUAGCCUCGUUGGCUUCUGGAUGGUAAUCAUGGGAUGUCUCUCCGUUGCCGGUAACUUCGUCGUCAUUUGGGUCUUCAUGAACACCAAAUCUCUCCGAACACCUGCUAACCUUUUGGUCGUUAACCUGGCCAUGUCUGACUUCCUGAUGAUGUUCACAAUGUUCCCACCCAUGGUCAUCUCUUGCUACUGGCAGACCUGGACUCUUGGAGCAUUCUUCUGUGAGAUCUAUGCUUUCCUUGGUUCUCUGUUCGGCUGCGUUUCCAUCUGGACCAUGGUCUUCAUCACUGCUGACCGUUACAAUGUCAUCGUUAAGGGAGUGUCUGCUGAGCCUCUGACUUCUGGCGGUGCCAUGGCAAGGAUUGCUGGCACCUGGGCUGCCUCUCUUGCCUGGUGCCUUCCUCCCUUCUUCGGCUGGAACCGUUAUGUGCCUGAGGGCAACAUGACCGCUUGUGGCACUGACUACUUGACCGAGACCACCCUGAGCAAGAGCUACCUGUGGGUGUACUCCGUCUGGGUGUACAUCUUCCCUCUGUUCUACAUCAUCUACAGUUACACCUUCAUCGUCAAGGCUGUUGCUGCUCACGAGAGGGGAAUGCGCGAACAGGCCAAGAAGAUGGGAGUCAAGUCUUUGAGGAGUGAGGAAGCCAAAACCCCUGCGAGUGCCGCCCCCCCAAGGUUGUCUUUUGACCGUCACCUGUGGUUUUGGCUUGGACCCCUACUUUCAUCAACUGGGGAGGGAUGUUUUAACAAGCCCUGGUUACUCCAUUUUUUCCAUUUGGGGUCCGUCUUUUGCCCAAAGGGCCAAAGCCCCUACAAAACCCCCUGGUACGCAUACCACCCCAAGUACCCCUGCUGCCCUUGA